AUGACACCCAUUAUGCAACCCCCUCAGCGAGACUUUCCGUUUGAGAUUAUGACUGAUGCUAGUGAUUUCGCUCUUGGGGCCAUUCUUGGUCAAAAAGUUGGUAACAAGCCUUCUGUCAUCUAUUAUGCAAGUCGUACCUUGAAUGAUGCUCAGAAAAAUUAUACUAUCACUGAGAAAGAGUUCUUGGCUAUUGUAUGUGAGCUUGAAGAGUCUAUGAGGGAAGUUUACGACAAUGCCCGCUUAGCAAAGGAGCGGAUGAAGUUGCUACAUGACAGAAAAAUCAAAGAUAAACAACUUUUCCCUACUCAGCAAGUGCUUCUCUAUGACUCCAGAUUGCAUCUGUUUCCUAGGAAGUUGAAGUCCCGAUGGGGUGGCCCGUACAUCAUUGAAAGAGUUCAUUAUCAUGACGCAGUAAAAAUUGUAGAUCCAAAGAAUGGCCACAGCUUCACAGUCAAUGGCUAG